AUGGCGAAUCCACCUACUCCAACAAUCACCCUCAGCGCCUGCGCAACCGACCAAAACCCGCACCCGAUCCAGAUCUCCCUCCGCGCACCCACAGCCGCCAAAGUGCCCUCGAGCACCCUAACCUCCCCGCCCCUCGCACCCCCUCCCCCCGACUUCCUGCACGGCAAAUGGCACGUCACGCACUCGACGCUCCCGAUGUGGCGCUCAAAAAGCAACGUCAGCAUAUCCUACACCCCGCUCCCGUAUCCGCCCUCGACAGAAAUCGCCUUGACCUCUGCAACGCUGCCGCGGCUUGACGACCUCGUCGAAUACCAGCCCCACGGCUCCUCGAGAACGAAGGCUAUCCGUGGCGUCUCUACCCCGUCGGACAGCAGUGGCUGGACCUAUGAUUGGCGCGGCAAGGGCUGGCUCAUGGUCGCGACCAGUCGGUGGGAGAUCCUUGGGUACGGCAAGGAGGGGGGAAAUCGCUGGUGCGUGACGUACUUUGCCAAGACGCUGUUUACGCCUGCGGGGCUGGAUGUGUAUUCGCGGAGCCCGGCGGGACUGAAGGCGGAGACGAUGGAGCACGUACAGCAGAUUUUGAAGAUGUUUGGGGAUCCGGUGUUGAGCGAGUUGGCGGGGGCGAUGUUUGAGGUUGACAGGGAUGGGGCAAAGGUGUGA